CGUCGAUUCCAUCGGAGGGAGGACAUAUCUAAGACACUGAUUGUUUGAAGACUUGCUGAAGCAGGAAGCGAUUGCAUACAUUAUUUUGUCGGGGUAGAAUCUGGAGAGUGUACAUUGUUGUUAUGGUGAGCGGCAAAAGAAGCGGACGAAUCCGAAAUCCGACUCAGGAAAGCUCGAACUUUUCCGCUCGUCGCUGCAACGUUGUUACUCACUUCACUCCCCAUCCAUUCUUGUGUCCUUUUCUUUGCACCAAACCAAAACUAGAUAUUUGUAUCCUUUUUCAAGACUUUGGUCGGUAAGGAAAUCGCAGUCGAAUUAAAAAACGAUGUUGUAAUGACCGGGACCCUUCACAGUGUCGAUCAAUACUUAAACGUCAAGCUUUUGAACGUAAAGGUCAUCAAUCCAGAGAAAUACCCACAACUCGUGGCGCUAAAGAACUGUUUCGUCAGGGGUAGUGUUGUCCGAUACAUUCAGAUUCCUCCGGAACACGUUGAUACGGAACUCUUGCAAGAUGCUGCCCGGAGGGAAAACGCGCCAGCGAAAUAAGUAUACAAACAACAUUGAAAGCGAUGCCGAUGGUGGUGCUUCAAACAUCGACAACGCAGGGGAUGAUAUGAAGAUUAGAAACACAUUAUCGAGAAAAUCGAAUGACAAGAAGAAUAUUGAUUUCGAAAGUGAUUGGUACUUUAGUGACGAAAAAAAUCAGGGGGCUGGAGGAGUGCGAUUUCCGGCAGCGGCGGCAGCAGACAUCGGAAAAUGGAACUAAUAGAUGCUCUACAGUGGAACGGAUUGCAGGAGCCCUGGCAGCAAGAUUACAAUUAUCGGCCAGAGAUAUCAUUCGAAAGGGAGGUAAAAAAUCUCGUUACGGGAAUCUUAUUUCUAUUGUUCAUCCGGAGGAUUCUUUUUCAUCUCCUGCGAACGAGAUAUCGAAGCCGYUCGAUGGAAUAGGUUCAUAUCUUGGUGCAGUUGGAUUGUGCGAUCCCUUCAGAAAUUAGAAUAAAAUCAGAAAAUUAUC